AGGAAGAAGAAGAAAAACAAAAAGAAGGAGGAGGUGGGGUGGGGUUAGGCGUCAAUCAUGGCGGCUCACCGAAUACGGUGGCUUAAUAGGUUAUACGUUUUCUGCUUAAUAUGCCCCAUCUGCGUCUCGGCUUUCUUAAAUCUGGAAGAGCUGAAUGAGAUGAAGUAUGGCAUUGAAAUUCUUUCCGAUCCCGUCAUCUUGGGGCAGACUAAAACACAGGAGGUUAUGAUGGUGUCCAGCAAGUACAAGCAGAUGUACGAGUGUCGACUUCCAGCCCAGGCGAUCCACUUUCACCAGGAGCUGGCUUCAGAGCCCGAAACACAAGGGUACGCAGGACCGGACAUCCCUGACCUACUCAGACCAAUGCAGGACUCCCCCUGUCUAGUGAAGACAAAAGACUGGUGGACGUAUGAGUUCUGCUACGGUCGGCAUAUCAGACAGUACCACCUUGAAGACUCUGAAAUCAAAGGGAGCGUUCUCUUCCUUGGUUACUUUGAGUCUGAAUUUGACUGGCACAAUGAAACAGCAAAGGCCGCCAAGCAGCACAGACUGAAACGCUACCACAGUCAUACCUACGUGAAUGGCAGUAAGUGUGACGUCAGCGGGAAUCCUCGGGAGGCCGAAGUGCGGUUUGUGUGUGAAAGCGGUUCUGCCGACCACAUCGCCCGGGUGGACGAGCCCCAGUCGUGUCGCUACGUGCUGACCGUUCACACGAGUCGCAGCUGCCAGCAUCCUUCACUGCGCCCUCCUUCCUCUGGCCAGCCACUGGGGAUCGUAUGCCAGCCGGCACUCAGCGCACAACAGUACAUGGACUACGUCAAAGCUCAAGUCUCGGACACAAAGCGUAAAGUGGAGCAAAUCUCCCAGGAGCUCAGGAGUCUUGAUGAGAUGUUGGCUGGCGGUGAAGAGGCGGGGUCCCCCGUGGAAGUAGCUGCAGAAGAAGCGACCACCGAUGGCUCAGACCGGCCAGACACAGAAGCAGAUUCUGCUGAUGCAGAAGAUGCAGGGUCAGAAGAGGCAGAGGAUGCUCAAUUUUGGGAGGGAGUUGCAAAACCAGGAAGUUCAAAAACCAGUGUUUCUCACCAGGAACAUGAGGCCACUGAUUCUGACCUGAACUCGCAGACAGACCAGGAAGUCAUGGAUGACGACAGUGAAGCCGAAAACUUCAAUUUCAAAAUCAUCACGGACCCAGCGGACCUGAUGAAGUUCGUCCAGCAUCUCAAGGAGAGCAACAGAAAGAAAGCACAAAAGCAAGCUAAACGGCGAGCAGAGGAACGUGCCAGGGAAAGGGUGUCGGCGAAGCCUGGCAAAGACGAGGGAGAGGAUGAUGAAGAUGAGCUGCUGCUUCGGGAGUUUGAGGAUGAGAUGGCUGACGUGUCGGUGCCGGCCGAUAAAAGUGAUGAGAUAAAGGAGAAAAUGCAGAAGGAAUUUGACAACAUCAUUGAUGAGGCGCAGCAGGAAUUGGAGACAGAAGGUCUGAAAGGCGAGUUUGAUCGCACUCAGGCGACACAAGCACUGGAAACCACGCUGGAUAAGCUGCUGGACCAUCUGGAGGAGAAAGACGAGCAGGACCCCGAUGAGGAGCAAAGAGCCAAGGACUCGACCCGGGGCGGCCCCGGCUUGGCUCCCAAGCAGCCCGAACAAGACGUUGCUGACCAUAUUAAGAUCAAAAUAACUAAGUAUAAGGCAGGCAGCAGCCCCCAUGGUGAGUUGACAGUGCAGGAGUUGGACAAAGGCGAUCCCGAGUGGCAGCACAUAAAGGAUGUGGUUAAAGAACAGCUAGAGAAAGCAGGACUGAAGGCCGAAGGUAGAAUUGAGGUGAAGAUCUUGACAAGGAAGAAUGCAGAAGAGGCAGGCGAACAGUGGCUGACGGAAGAAGAUACAAAGUCCUUCCGAGAGCUCCUCAUAAACCUGCUGACCGGAGGUACAGAGGAAGUUUACAAGGAGCAAAAGCGCCUGCAGGAGUUGGAGAACAACUACAAGUUUGUGUGGGGAGAGGCCCAGGAGGAGUCCCCGUCUUCCAGCACGUCUGACUCAGAAGACGUGGAUCUAUGAGCCCGCCAGGGCCCACCGCCAAAGUGGGCGGGGCUCUGCAACAGACUGAUGGAAGUAGUAUUGAAGCUGGCAGGUGAUGCACAUGUAUGCACCUUCACGAAGAUAGUUUGCAGUGGAUACGUGAGAUUGAUGUCAAUCACUGUCAGCCCUACUUGAAUGAGUAAUGGUGGGAUAUCGUUUGACUAAAUGUCAGCAAGAAAAGCCACCAGUGAUGUAUGAUAGUGUCUGUUUGCCUUGGAGGAAUGCCACAUGGCUCAUCACAAACACUAAACUACAACACGGGGCACACAACAUUCUAAACGUGUGUACAUGUACGUGUACCGACACGCUACGGCACUUCCUCAAGGAAAAUGCACUUUUCAUUUUGCCCAUCAUCCACCAUCCUUAUGCCAGUCAUGAACGCAUCUUUCUCUCUUCUCUGCCUCCUACAGAUAUAAAACAGAGUAGUCACACCACAGCAGCUAGCGACUCUAGAGCUGGCUAGCGACUCUAGAGCUGGCUAGCGACUCGCGUCAGCACACACUGAAUCCUAAUGCUUCAGGCCACUAGCCAAAAAGAAAGACGGACAUGUGGGUUCAUGCCUCACAUACUGUUAGGAUUGUGGAUGAUGGGUAAAAGUUAAAAAAAACGUGCACUUUUCCUUUAAGGUUAGUCUAUGGGGUAGGAACGCUGACAUUUUAAGUUUCAUUUCUUUACUUUAGUUCUCGAAAGCAAAGGACGCUCCCAUGCCCAAUUUGGUAAUUGUACCAAAAAACACAUCAUUUUGGAUGCAUUUUGGAUGUUUCACAUUUUGGAGGGGCAUCAAAAGGGCUGGGUUUUUGUGAAUAAUCAGGGCUCUACUUGUACAUAGUUAAUUUUAUUUUGGAAUCUUAUUCUGUCGUGUGUGAGCACAAACACGCCAGAGUAACCGCAGGAGUACAUGAUAAAUACACUUUGAGGGCUUAUCAAGAUGAGGGAAGAUUUUGGGAGGAGCACAUGUACCAUUAAAAUCCUGUCAGCUGU